AUGCUAGCCUCAAAUUGUUCAGCCUGUGGCAAUGCCUUUGCCGCGGACUCGAAUUUCUGCCGAAAAUGUGGGGCACCACGAGAGGUGCAGGCCUAUGGUGCAGUGACUACUGGCGCGAUGCCAGUGACUGCGGGCGCGAUACCAGUGACUGCUGGCACGAUACGACCGACGGUCAUGGGCCGGAGGAGCGCCUUGAAGAUGCUGGAACAGUUUGAAGCUGAGCAGGAUGCAGCCUUCCAAAACUACUGCCAAAGGAUAGUGCCCUGCCAGCAGCUCUUUGCAGAUGUGAGCGGUGCCUCCUCGCGAUACGCUGCCAAGGUGGAAUCAGAGCAGCUGGUUGAGCACGAGGCCGAGGUGAUGGAGAAAGAGGUGUUCUAUGAUUGCCUAGAACACUCAGUCUGGGCACCCGAGGAAGUCCCCAUCAUUGCACUGGACUUGCAACCGAUUGAGGCUGAGGAGAUCGCCUUCCACAUGAUCCAAAUGGUCAUUGAAGCUGAAGAAAAGACCAGCACCGAGUACGGAUGGUGGGCACUAGUCUUCUGUGCCGUGAUUGGGGCCUUGAGCACAUUGAAGUGGCUUCGGAUCUUCAUGAUUGAAGGUCUCUACGGCGUACUGGGCCGGAUGAUCAAAGAUGAGGCCUCAGCGACGCAAGAGACCAUGAGCCAGAAAUGUGAUCAACAAACUCAAGCUACUGAGUGGAUCGAUUCCUACAUCUGGCAACAGUAUGAGGAGGAAAAGGAAGAAAUGGAAGAAGAGAUGCACAACAUGCAAGCUGCAUUGCUGGAAGCAGAAGAAAUGAUAGGUCAUUUGCAAGAAGACGUCAGCGAGACGACAACCUCACCAUGUUUCUGA